CCUCCAGAAACCUGAGAAAUGGUUUCAUUGAUCACCAUUCCUGAUUUCAGAGUGGACGAGAAAAAAGAGUUCAUCAUGGGGGACCUGGGAAACUCCUCUAAAAGGGAAGACUCAACGUCUGUAUGUUUUGGCUGCAGUAAACACAUUAGUGAUCCAUAUAUUCUGAGAGUCUAUCCUAAUUUGGAGUGGCAUGCAGCCUGUCUCAAGUGUGUUGUGUGCAAUCAAUAUCUUAAUGAAACCUGCACCUGCUUCUUGAGAGAAGGGAAGACCUACUGCAAGACUGACUACUUCAAAAAAUUUUCUGUGAGGUGCGCUCAAUGUCAAGCUGGAUUGUUAUCUUCAGAUCUAGUUUUCCGUGCUAGAGGCCUCAUCUAUCACCAACAAUGUUUCCGUUGUGUUGCCUGCAAUCGACGACUUCUGCCUGGAGAAGAGUGCAGACUGCGACGUGAUGGACCUUACUGUGCUGAGGAUGCCUGGCUUCCAGAUCCCAGCUUUAUUCAACAAGAUCUUCCUUUGAGAGCUGAACAAGAUGAUAGAAGCCUGUAUCUAUCAGAGAAAGUCAAGGCCCGUCAGCCAACACCACGAGCUCCAAACCACUCAGAUAAGAUAACUCGUAUGCGGACGGUACUGAACGAGCAGCAGCUGCUCACAUUACGGACCUGUUACGCUGCAAACCCUCGACCGGAUGCACUCAUGAAGCAGCAGCUGAUGGAGAUGACAGGGCUCAACUUAAGGGUUAUCAGGGUCUGGUUUCAAAAUAAACGGUGCAAGGAUAAAAAGAAGAGUAUAAUGCCGAAACACAUGGACCCUUGUGACAGGAAUAAGGCAGAUAUUCAGGGGUUAGUUGGAACUCUGAUGAUAGCUACCAGUCCACUACCGCAGAAAGUUGAUUCACAGUGCAACCCUGUUGAGGUGCAGAGAUACUGGCCACCAUGGGAAGACCUUAGUGACCUUCCAACACAGACAGGUUUUUCAGGAGAAAGAUCACACUUCACUUGCAGUAAUAGUGUUGAAGUGUCAUCUCUUAGUUCUCAACCUUCUGACACAACAAACAGUGAUGAAUCUCAACCUUCAGACCUCUGA